CAUCCAUGUCUCGCCGUAAGCAGGCUAACCCCAAACCUUUGAAACGUAAAGCAAACGAAGAACUUGACGAAUUAAUUGAAUUGCUUAACUUGCCGUCAGAUGCCUUUACAAUCAAAGACUCUAAUAACGCUUAUACCGUUUUCACCAAAAUACCCCUAAAGAGAGGAACAAUUUUUGGCCCCUUUAAAGGCCUAUUAUCGCGAGGAAGAAAUUUAGCUACUAAAACUACAAUAAUACAGGCUAGAGACAUCAAUGGAGAGAAUGUCUACCUAGAUUUGAAUGAUGAAGCUGGAAGUUGGCUUAGACUGGUUAAACUAGCGACCACACCUCAAGAAGCAAAUCUCACAGUUUUUGUUGAAGGAAAUGAAAUAUGGUGUUCUAUACAUUGUGAUACAGAAAAGGACGUUGAGUUGAGUGCUUGGUACAAAAUCACGUCUAAUUGGCAGUCUUCAGUUGCUACUACUCCUGGUUUCUGGUUCCCAAAGGCGCCCCCUAUCUUUACAAAUAAAUGUUAUCCUUCCGUUUCCCGAUACAAAAACGUGUAUUUGGAAGCAAGUUAUGUGGAUAAGGGUGUAACAGAAGAAUGCCAGGACCUCUCCAUAAACACAUUAAAUGGCGAUAAACCUGUAGUUACCAAACGUUUCGCCAAUGAUACUUCAAACAGUGAAGUAAAGAUUAGCAUGUCAAGAAAGGGAAGAAGUCUAGACACAUCAAAUAGUUCGAGUUAUGGUUUUUCCUCAGGUGUAUAUUCAAAGUUGUGGAAAUUACCGACAACGCUCAUUAAUAGCACUUCACUCUCUACUUGUUCGUUCGACCUUCCUACUUCUCUAUCUACGAGUAAGUAA